AUGGGAUGCUGCCUUGAAGGAGUUAUCAAUAGUAAAAAAAAGAGCAGGGUAUAACUUUAGUAUAAAAUAAAUUAGGAAUAUAAUGAUACUUAAAAGAAUAAUAAUUCGAAGAUAUAGAAUUUGCAAAACUCACAUCCAUUUAAAGACGAGGACAAUUAAGAAGUAGCUAAUGCAUCUAUUUCUCGAAGAUAGAGUAAGACGUCAAGUGUAAUCGAAAUUCAGAAAAAAUAGGAAAGCACAGUAUUAAAGGAAUAAGGAAACAACUUUUUUAAGUAGAAUAAAUUUUUAGAAGCCAUCAAGUGCUAUUCUGCUGCUAUUAGCCUGUUUCCUGACUCAGUUUACUACUCGAACAGAGCUUAGUGUUUUCGUUAACUCUCAAAUUGGGCAGAAGUUUUAAAAGAUUCAUGUGAAGCUAUUAGAUUGGAUCAUGAAAAUUAUAAGGCUUACAAUUUGAAAGGAAUGUCAUAGGUUAUGUUAUCAAAAGAAAUGGAUAUAAUGUCUGAUUAAUGGGAAUUAUUUAAUGUAUAAGGGAUUAAAAGCAUGUAAAAAGCAUUAGACCUCAUAAAUGAGAUUAGGAAAAACUAAGAUUUUUAGUUAAUAUCAUCCAUUCAGACUAAUAUAUCAAAGGCUAAUCAAAUAUUAAACCUUAAAAGAGCAGAAAAGUUGCAACGAAAGAAGAAUAAAUCAAAAAAUCUAAUUAAUAAAUUGAUUGAAAACGAUAAUUCUCUAAUCAUAGACAGGUCAGAAAUAGAAAAUUUUUUAGAAAGAAAAUUCUAAAAAAAAGAUUAAAGACCUCCAGAUGCAUUUACAUGCAUUUUUACUUUAGAUUUAAUGGUAAAUCCAGUAAUAACUAGUAGUGGGUUAAGUUAUGAAAAAUCUUUGCUAGAAGACCACGUAAAAGUUAAUGGAGAUGUAGAUCCAACUACUAGAGCACAAAUUAAUUUUAAAAAGUGUAUUGAAAAUAAGGAUUUAAAAUCUGCUAUUUAAGAUUUCAAAAGUAAAAAUAUAGACUCAGAAUUUAGUACUAAUUAUCAUUAAAUAACUUUUUGA